AUGGCGAGCACCCGGCUUACGACAAGCCUCCAGAAGGCCGGGCGCUCCGUCACCCUGCCCCUGCGGCCCCGUGUCCGACCAGACGUCGCUUCGCUGCGAGCAGUCAGCCGUUCCGACGCGACUUCCUUCUCGACCUCCGCUCCCCGCGCCGAUAAUGGCAGCCAGCCGAGUUUCCAGGCGGCCGCCCCAAUCCAUUUCGGCGACUAUCCCAAGGACAUUCCGCUCCUGAGCCGCGUUCGAGUAGUGCCAGCAUCGCCGUCGUACUUCACGGCCAAGCCUACCUUCACCGACGACUUCCUCGAGCUCCAGGCCGUCCUGCGCAAGUAUCAGACACUACCGAUGAUAGAGCCGAUCUACGCGCCGAGGGUGGCUUGGAAGAACUUGGGCGAGUACAGGCUGGCGACCAAUGAGGUCAUUAAAAUUUCGAAAUGGCGCAAGAUGCAAAAACUUCUGCAGAGGCUCAACUACAUUCACCCUACUCUUGUUCCGGAGGAAGUUACGCAGGUCCUGCAAAAGUACAAGAGAGCGUUCAACCCGUACGAUCGACAGCCGAGCCCGAAGACAUUGGACGAAAUGGGAAGGGGAAUGGGCGUGGGAAGGAGAAAGACUUCGUCGGCGGUGGCAUGGGUAGUGGAGGGAGAGGGAGAGGUCAUGAUCAACAGCAAGAGUCUGACGGAGGCUUUCAGCCGGGUGCACGACCGCGAGAGCGCCAUCUGGGCGCUGAAGGCCACGAACCGCGUUGACAAAUACAAUGUCUGGGCACUUGUAAGAGGAGGUGGAACAACAGGGCAAGCUGAGGCAUUGACUCUGGCAAUUGCAAAAGCAUUGAUGGUGCACGAGCCAGGUUUGAAGCCUGCACUUCGAAGAGCUGGCUGCGUCACUCGCGAUCCUCGCAAGGUCGAAAGGAAGAAGCCGGGCCACAUCAAAGCUCGCAAGAUGCCCACCUGGGUCAAACGUUAA